CUGGGAUUACAGCACCCAACCACAACUGGCAGUUUUUAUUGUCCAGUGGCAGAAGGGACAGAGAAGACUGGGAGUCCAGAGCACACCCUAAAGAGGGACUUCCUUAGGCAAGGUUAAGGCUUAUCUCGUGGCCCUUUUCCCACCAGCAUGAACAGGUGCUUUUGUUUUUGUGAAGAACAAAAUCAUUAGAGAUCAAAUCAGUUUUGAGCUCACAGUCCACAUUCUUUCUUAUUCAUUACUGAUCAGUUUGAUCACAAUCUGUUAACCUUCUUUUCCAUAUACAGAAUAUUCCUCUUAUGACUUGGAAAAAUAUCACCCUUUGGUGGAUGAAAUUAAGCUAGGAGAACAAACUUUUCUAUUCAUACCAUUCACAGCUGCUUUCCCUUUGCAGCAGUGAAUUUUUUUUCACUUAGAUGUCAGUUGGUCAGAUGCAACAUUUGGUAUCCAUUUUACCUUUCAUGUAAUGCCAAACUAGCACAAGUGUUAAAAUCACUUGUGACUACAGAAAUUUAGUUACAGCGGGGUGAAAUCUCUCCGUCUUGCAAGAUUACUUAUAACACAUUGGCAUACUGAGGUGGUUGUGAAUUACUCUGAAGACUAUUGGGUUAACCUCCAUUUCAGCUAAUCAUGGGAGAGAUUAAAGUCUCUCCUGAUUAUAACUGGUUUAGAGGUUCAGUUCCCCUUAAAAAGAUUAUCGUAGACGAUGAUGACAGUAAGAUAUGGUCGCUCUAUGACGCAGGUCCCCGAAGUAUCAGGUGUCCUCUGAUAUUCCUGCCUCCUGUCAGUGGAACUGCAGAUGUCUUUUUCCGGCAAAUUUUGGCUCUGACUGGAUGGGGUUACCGGGUUAUCGCUUUGCAGUAUCCAGUUUAUUGGGACCAUCUGGAAUUCUGUGAUGGAUUCAGAAAACUUUUAGACCAUUUACAAUUGGAUAAAGUUCAUCUUUUUGGCGCUUCUUUGGGAGGUUUUUUGGCCCAGAAAUUUGCUGAAUACACUCACAAAUCUCCAAGAGUCCAUUCCCUUAUCCUCUGCAAUUCCUUCAGUGACACCUCUAUCUUCAACCAAACUUGGACUGCAAACAGCUUUUGGCUGAUGCCAGCAUUUAUGCUCAAAAAGAUAGUUCUUGGAAACUUUUCAUCUGGCCCAGUGGACCCUAUGAUGGCUGAUGCCAUUGAUUUUAUGGUAGACAGGCUAGAAAGUUUGGGUCAGAGUGAACUGGCUUCAAGACUUACCUUGAAUUGUCAAAAUUCUUAUGUGGAACCUCAUAAAAUUCGGGACAUCCCGGUAACCAUUAUGGAUGUGUUUGAUCAGAGUGCCCUUUCAACUGAAGCUAAAGAAGAAAUGUACAAGCUGUAUCCUAAUGCCCGAAGAGCUCACCUUAAAACAGGAGGCAAUUUCCCAUACCUGUGCAGAAGUGCGGAGGUGAAUCUUUAUGUACAGAUACAUUUGCUGCAAUUCCAUGGAACCAAAUACGCGGCCAUUGACCCAUCAAUGGUCAGUGCCGAGGAGCUUGAGGUGCAGAAAGGCAGCCUCGGCAUCAGCCAGGAGGAACAAUAGUUGUGUCUCUUGCUGUCAAUGAUGAGUUGACCCGGUGUGUUCUCAUACAGUCCGUGGCAUCAGCGUCCACCAGCUGGCCUUUUCCUUCAGGUUCGUCAGGCUCACCGGUUCUCACUGUGUCUGGGAAGUAGGACUGAUGGUCAUCUUCAUGACAGGUGGCAGCUCCACUAAGCCCCUGUAACUGUUCCCUCUUCGGUUUUCUUAGCUUUUGAAUUUGAAGAAGUACUUUUGAAGACUCCCAUUUUAAGAACUGUGCAAAUUUUGCUACCAAAAGUCUUCAUCACUGUGUUCUUAAGUGAAUGUUGACUUCUGCGGUUUGGGACUUUGUGGGACUUUUUUUUCUUCUUUUC